AUGAAGAAGGAAAUCUACCAAGCUGCAGUAAGAGGAAACAUAGACUUCCUCGAAGAAGCACAAACCAAAGAUGUAGAAGCAGUUGCAUUCUUCUACAACAACGACGAUCUUCUUGGAUUAACCAGUCAUGGAAAUAACAUCAUCCAUGUUGCUGCAAAACAUGGUCAACUUAAUUUCAUCAAGAAAGCUUUAGAAUUAAUCUUUCCUAAAAAGCUUAUAUGUGGGACAAACUUAGAUGGUGAUACUCCUCUUCAUUUAGCUGCAAAACAACAAACUCAAACGAUAGUAGAACACCUAAUCACCUCCUACAAUGUUGAUCGUGAUGAUAACGAGAUCACCUCGUUAUUGUCGUUGUCGUCGUCGUCGUCGUCGCCACCGCUGCUGCCGCCUUGGAGGGUUCAGAAUAAGAAGGGUAACACCCCACUUCAUGUAGCACUUAUGAAUGGAGGCAAGUCUAUUGAAGUUGCAGCUUAUUUGGUUGGUGUUGAUCCUGAAGUUGCCUCGUUUGUUAACCACCUCAAACAAACCCCACUUCAUCUUGCGGUCAAAUAUAAUAACCAAGGUGCGUAA